UCCCUUCCCCUGCUGUGGAUUCCGUUUCCCCGGCAGUCUUCGUAUUCAGCGGCGAUAAAGCGCGUUGCCUUCGCAAAUGAAUUUACUAUCAUCCGAUCUCUGACGUGGCCAUCGCCGUAGCCAUUGGAUGUAGACCUCUUGGUUCGUAUUACAAUGCCGCAACAUCUCAGACCACUUCAAAAGAUGUGCAAAACCACAUCCUCCGACGAGCAGCAUACACAUAACAAGGAACAGAGACUUGGCUGAUUGAUGAGGCGCUUUUUGUGGUCAGAGGAAUCUCCCGACGCACGACGCCAAUAGAUCUUGAUGUCGGAUUGAUUUGAGUUGACUACUUAUCAUCAGCUCGUUUUCAAUUCUGCCACGUAUUGCCGACAUCCGCUGAACAAAGAUAGGCCGAGUGCUGGUAGGUUGCACUCCGUUCUUGUCUACCAUCCACCAUCAUGUUGUGUCGCAGCUGCUCAAACAUACAAUUUCAAUGGUUUGAGGAGAUCCCCGACGCUGCCACAUACGCACAGAAUCUUGCCAACGCCGUGUUCGAAAGUUGCAACAAAUACGUUGUCUCAUCCAUCGAGCAAAAGUUUUACAUACACCAGCCCGACUUCCACCAUCUCACCAGUUCGAAAGACGAGGGUUGCUACCUCUGCGCUGCUCUGUGGUAUGCGUUCAAGGCUCCAUCCAGCGAUCCAAAGCAAGGUGCGAUUGACUCCAUCACCGCUGGGGAUUGCUCCGCGCCCUUGACCACAAAUGAUCGUCAGUGCAGCAGUCACGAAACACCCGGCUUUGUGGACAGAAGCCCAGUGAUAUGGAGGGUAUUUGCAAGUCGCCGUCCCCAAUAUGCUUCCGAUAUGUGGUUCAACGUGGAGAACUUGCUCUACGUGUUCUGUGGAAACUACCAGAGGAAUAUCUAUCGGGUCGAGACCCCCAAAGGGGUCUUUGCGAGAUUUACAGAGCGAAUCCAUGAGCUAUGGGAAUCCAAAGAGCUACUCCAGCUUGAUGACUCUACUCAGUCCGACACUACGUUAGAGUUGGCCAAGCUAUGGUAUAGCAGUUGUAUCUCGAAUCACCCAAUUUGUGCCGAACGCGAUGCCCAGACUACGACGAGUUCCAUACUACCGAAAAGAGUUAUCGACCUUAGAAGUGCGGGAAGUGAACCAGUCCUGUAUGAGCCGGCUGAAGGCGAGGGCGGCAAGUAUAUUUGUCUUAGCCACUGCUGGGGAGACACAAAGCCUCUGCACAUAGUAAGGCAAGACGACGGUUCACAGUCAACAUCACCUAGAACAUACAGUCUCCCACCACUGGCGACUUGGCCGCAGACUUUCCAGGAUGCUGUUGAUAUUGCUCGAAAGUUCAACAUUCGUUAUCUGUGGAUCGAUAAUACCAGCAUUAAGCAAGGCGACAAGGAAGACUGGUCCACAGAAUCGCAGCGUAUGGCGCAAUACUUCGGCAACGCUACAUUUACCCUAGCUGCGACUGGUUCAACGAAUGACGACGCUGGUUUGUACUAUCCACGAAAUCCUCUACUUACAUACCCUCUACGUCUUCUCGAAGCCGCCGAUGUGCCUCCUCGCAACGACUACUACGUCAGUCUGAUGGGACUAAAUCACAUUGAUCAACACGAAGUGCUGGACGCUCCCCUAUAUUCACGAGCUUGGGUCCUUCAGGAACAGCAGCUAUCACGACGUAUACUAAAGUUUGGAAAGAGGGGCAUCUACUGGGAGUGUUUGUGUUGCUCGACGACGGCUGCCAACAUUAUGCCGGGGGAAAUGACGCCAUAUCACCAUCAGGGUUUCGGUGGCGGUCAGUUCUUGAGGAUGCAAAUACACGCUACCCAAUCGAACACUCCAGCUAAUGCUGGGCGCAAUCCCUACUUGGAUCUCUGGUAUGCCACUGUUCAAGAAUUUACGUCUCGGAAUAUGAAGAUGAAAAGCGAUGCACUUCCGGCCCUCUCCGGCCUUGCUCAGUCUUAUGCAUGCUACAUGAAUAAGGACGAUCAAUAUGUUGCCGGUUUGUGGCAAAGCGAUCUGCUUCUCGGGCUAUUAUGGACAGCGGAAGUCGCGGGCACGCGUCGAUUACCAAUCCGAGCUGGUCUGACCAACUACGAUUCAACUGGUUUCUCUGGGCCGUCCUGGUCCUGGAUAUCGCAUUGCCAUCGACGGAUCAGGCUGUAUUUUGCCGAAAAGAUCCUGCCGGGGGGUCGCUGCAAUUACCUGGAAAAUACGUCCCUUGUCGGUACCGAAGUCACCAGCGUAGACAUCGAGUAUAAGCCUUCGAGUGCACCGUACGGGGAAGUCGAAGCCGGCAGGCUAUCCAUCAAGGCAAGGUUGCCAUCCGUACGUAUCACGACGACACCUUUCAAACCAAAUGGCAACAGAAGAAAUAUGGUCCAUGACUCGAUGGCCAAAACUACCAUUCUUCCUCUGACCAUGGACAGGACGGCGUUUGACGAAUAUUGGCUCGACGUGGUCAUCGAGGGCGAAAAGGGCCUUUCACUGCGCGGCGAGUGCGACAUAGAUGACAUGGACUCAGAGCUAUGGUUGUCACGCGUGCGAGACGGUGAGUUUGAGGCAACGUUCCUGCCGCUGAUCAUGUAUCGAGGAGACCCGGAGGGUUUAAGAACAGCUGGAUUAGUGCUGCUUCCGAGUGAAAACGGUAGAGAUGAAUUUGUCCGUGUCGGCCGUGCCCAAGUUGACCUACCAAAUCGACACAUAUUCGAGAAAUCAACGCUUCCAAUAAGGCAACUUACUAUUGUCUGAAGCAGCCUCGAGAUGUAAUUGAAAACUACCGCUCCACAAUCCUUAAACCACAACUUGUAACUACAGCAUCCCAGAUCGCGGAAGGAACCAAUGCUGAAAAGGAUUCGAUUCCAAUGCAAUAAGCUGGCGUGCCGUCCGAGAUAUCACGGGCACCCAACUGGUGACUUGGACCAGAUGAUCCGAACUCACGUGAGACUUGGC